GAGUUGAUCUAGAGAAAUCUCUGUGAAACAAAACAAACUUCAAUUGAUUUGGUUGAAGGUCUUGAAAUGGAAGCUUAUAAACAAUGGGUAUGGAGAAACAGAGAGUAUGUACAUUCCUUAGGAUCUCUUGCAAACGGAUUGACAUGGCUGCUUCCUGAGAAGUUUUCUGCUUCAGAGAUUGGACCCGAAGCAGUUACGGCUUUUCUAGGAAUAUUCACAACCAUUAAUGAACACAUUAUUGAAACUCUUCCAACAUCUCCUGCUCAUGUUAGAACUUCCGGGACUGAUUCAUCCCUUUCUUAUCCCUUACUCAUCUCCAUCCUCAAGGACUUGGAAACCGUUGUUGAAGUGGCUGCUGAACACUUCUAUGGAGAUAAAAAAUGGAACUUCAUUAUCCUCACUGAAGCUAUGAAGGCUUUCAUUAGGUUAGCUUUGUUACGGAAUACUGGAUAUAAGAUGCUUCUUCAUGGAGGGGAGACACCUAAUGAUGACAAAGAUCCUAACCAACCCCAGCUUCAAAAUAGACCUGCUACUUUUGAUAGGAAUCAUCAAUUUGGAAACCAAUAUAAUCAAUGGAAUUUGGAAGGACGUGCAAUGUCAGCUUUGAGUUCAUUUGGUCAGAAUGCAAGAACAUCACCAACAGCAUCUUCUACUACCUCUGGUUGGUCUCGUAGGAUUCAACACCAGCAAGCAGUUAUAGAGCCUGUAGUGAACAAGGAGAAGCGAAGAACUCUUUCCGAGCUAGUAUCUGAGAAGGGUGUUAAGGGAGCGUUUUUUGUAAUUGGUGAAGUUCUUUUCAUAACAAGACCGUUAAUCUACGUUCUUUUCAUCAGAAGAUAUGGAAUCCGGUCUUGGAUUCCUUGGGCUAUAUCCCUCUCUGUGGACGUCCUGGGAAUGGGGAUUCUUUCAAAUCUAAAGUUGUGGGGGGAGCAGAGCAAGCAAAUCAAUUUCUCUCAGCCUGAAAGAGACGAGCUUAGAAGACGGAAGAUGUUAUGGGCAUUUUACCUCAUGAGAGAUCCAUUUUUCACCAAGUACACAAGGCAAAAGCUGGAAAGCUCUCAAAAGAAGGUGGAACCAGUUCCAUUGAUCGGUUUCCUCACAGAGAAAAUUGUGGAGCUUUUGGUGGGAGCUCAGUCACGGUACACUUACAUAUCAGGAUCUUGAGGUUUAACCCUUUUGUUGGAGUGGCUUGUUCGAUCUCAAAAGGCUCGUAGGGAAUGUUUCAGUCUUUGUAAGAAGUUGCGUUAAUUAUUGCAGUUAGGACAUAAAGAUUUAGUUUGAUUAUGAGCUGGUUAUGUCUAAACAAUGGACCCAUACCAAUAAAUGAAACAAUACGUCAAAGUUAUCAUGAGAUCGAUCGUUCACACGUUAUUACAAGGUGGAAGUGUCAGGUUCAUUACAAUUGUUGAACUCAAGAGUAUGUUAUUCACUUUGUGUAAACCACUAAAAAAAAUCCAAAUGUAUUCUGC